GUGUGUGUAUAUAGAGUAUACACCACAUGCCAAAGGAUGUCCACACAGAGCCGCAUAAGUUUGCCGCUGAUCUGAUCAGCCGUCUGGAGCUCAUUCAGAAGGAGAGAGAGAACUGGAGACAAGUGGAGGAACAUCAACACCCAAUCUACACGCAGGAAGACGAUGAUGCUGAGGUUUCCAUAGGGUCCUCCAUUUGCCCCACCCACGUCAUCCCUGCCCAUCAUGGCUCCUCCCACUCCACAGCUCAGAAUCCUGAGAUCAUCCUGGAUGAACGUGGUCAGAGUGGCAUAAGGACACCCAGCUGGAGUUCUCCUACAAUACACACACACUCACACACCUGCCCCAAGCACAGUGACACCUGGCAUCAUACAGACAUGGCGGGAACCAAUCAGAGUGAAGCUCUGGCUUACAGGAGGAAGUGUGUGUGUGAGAGCAUGAUGGUGGCGUAUUAUUUCUGCGGAGAGCCGAUUCCGUACCGAACCACGGUUACAGGCAGAGUGGUCACACUAGGGCACUUCAGAGAGCUGCUCAGUAAGAAGGGAGCCUACAGGUUCUUCUUUAAGAAAGCGAGCGACGAGUUUGAGUGCGGUGUUGUUUAUGAGGAGGUGCGUGAGGAAGACGCCGUCCUGCCCGUGUUUGAGGGCAGAAUCACCGGGAAGGUGGAGAAAAUCUACUGACCCUCUUUAUCUAUCGUCUGUGUGUGUGUGUGUGUGUGUGUGUGUGUGUUUUGUUUUAAAUCUCUAUAUUUUUGAUAAUGCAUUAUAAACUCACACUGUGUAUUUUAAUGUUUCAUGACUCUGAGAGUUUUAUUUUAUUGACUAUAUUUUUGUAAAUGUAUUUAUUGUAUAUUAUUAAUGUGAGUUCUGAUCUUUGGACUUCCACUAGAUUUACCCUCACUGAUGAUUAAUUCUGUUGAGAUUU